UCAAGUGUCCAUUCGUAUUCUGGUUUAUUAGGCAUCAUAGUACCCAUUACAUAAACUAAAAAUGUUUAACAUGUUUGCAAAAGACAUUGGUAAUCGGAUUGUCUUCAUCAUCAUUGGCCUUAUUGCUUUGGAAAAAUUUAUUGAGAAUGAUUUUGAGUGUCCUUGUGAUAAACGAUUCAGAACAAUAAUUUUCAUCUUGUACCUUGUGACUCCAGCAACAACUACCUUUACUGUCACAUUUUUUCUUGCAUCAAUGCCAAAGACUGCAGAUUCAGCUAGAGGCAGACGUCGUCAAAACACCACUAGUUCAAUUUACUUAAGCAGAUUUGUGUUUAGCUUUUUUUCAAGUUUCAUUUGCACAGCCUUGUUUCUCAGCGAUGGUAGAUAUAUGGCUUGCUUACACACUGAAUUAAAUGGAGAAUAUGCUGACAGCAGUCCUGUCCCUGCAUGGGAAUGGUGUGAUAAAAAGAGAAUUCUGACUGAUAUCCAACGCAGUGCACAUGCCUGGUUCUACAUCUCUAAGAUUCUAGGUUUCUCUCUCAUGCUGAUACUGUCAGUUUUGGCACUGGCUUUAAAAUGCUGCCACCCGUGCUUACAUAGCCGCUGCCAACAUUGUUGCCAGGACAUUUGCUCGGCAUUGUGUGAAGACUGCUGCGAUGAAUGCUGCAAAGAGUUUGUCCCUGAGAAUGAAGCCCAUGCUCCUCCCCUCUACUAUAGCAGCCACCAGGAACUUCAUAGCAGCCACCUGGGAUACCAUAGCAAACACCUAUCAAGACCAUAGCAAACAAAUGGAAUAUCAUAGCAGCCACCUAGAAACCACCUGGGAUACCAUAAAGCAAGACCACAGCAACCAUUUAGCACCCCCUAGUAACAGCAUGGCAACCACCUAGCAAUGGUAUUCCAGUCAUCUGGAACGUCAUAGCAACUACCCUGCAAGACCAAAACAACCACUUGGGAAUCCAUAGCAACCACCAUGCCAGAUCAUAGCAACCUCCUAGCAGUCACAUGGGCCUGGCUUAAGCUGUGCAAUCACUCUGCAUUUUCUUCAGGAAAUGCACAUUUCUGGUGAUCCUUGUUUAGAUAAUAAAGGUAAUGGACAUGUUGGUGCUGCCAUCCCCCUGCUCUCACACAUUCAUACAGGUUGGUUAAUUAUGGAACAGAGGAUCGCUGAUGACCAUUUCAUUCCAGCUUUAGAACAUCUUUGGAUCUUCAUGUUGCAGAUUUAAAGAUUCAGUUCCAGACCAAGCCAGUUCUACAAUUUCAAUGACAUAUGAUUGUGUGGUCUUAGCAACCCUGUAUGGCAUAACACUGGGUCGGUCUUAGAAUGUUCUCAGUUCAGGUCUACAGUGCCAUGGCGCAAGUUCCAUGCUUGCGUGUUUGUGUGUUCGGGAGGCAUGUUAAGAUAAAGCAAAGUUCUUUUGAGUCAUUAAUACUUUAUUCAGCUUU